AUGCAAAGGAAUACGGCUCACUUGAUAAACUUGAGCAUCAACACCACCAGUGCAGGUUGCAAAGUGGACAUCCUCCAGGGUUUGGCUUACAGUCCUUUGUUUCUCCUGGGUUUCCUUGUCAACGCUGCAGCUUUCUGUGCCUUCAUUGCAAAGCGAGAUUCCUGGACAGACACCCACAUCUACGUGUUCAACCUGGUUAUAGCCGAUUCUGCCCUCAUCCUCUUCCUUCCCUUCCGGAUCUACGAUGCUUUCUUUUGCCUGCCUAAGACUACCUUUUGUACUUUCCUCAUGUACGUACAUUUCAUCAACAUGUAUGCCAGCAUCCUGACCUCGACUGCCAUCAGUGUCCAGCGCUACCUGACUAUAAGGUUCCCUCUGCGGGCCAGAUUGUGGAAGAAGAAGAAGGAGGCAGCUUUUGUUGUGUGUUUGGUUCUUUGGGUACUUCUGGUGACAAUAUGUUCUGUAUUCCGAAAGGAGAACUACCCUGAAAAACUCUGGACGUGUUAUGAAAGAUGUAAAGAUCGCCCACUUCAGCUACAAUUUAUUGUGAUUCUGAUCUUCCCAGGCUUCCUUGCUCCACUGGUGAUUGUUGUGUUUUGUUCGAGUCAGAUCAUCUGCAUUCUGUCAAAGAUGGAUGACAAAUCGGAGGAAAAGAAAAGCAUAGUUGGUAUAGUAACAGCAAACAUGAUCGUGUUCAUCGUCUGCUACACACCAAUCCAUGUUGGCUUUAUAGUCAACUACUUUUACAGUCCACCUCCAAAUUGGCAGCUCAUAUACAUACCUGCACAUGUAUAUUUACUUGUGUCUGAAUGGUUUGCUGCCACAAACUGCUGUUUUGAUUCCAUCAGCUAUUAUUUCUUAUUGAAACGUUUUUUUUUUCAUAAGUCAGAAGAAGUAAAAAAGAAUUCACCGGUCUUUAUCCCGUCUUACAAGUUCGGGAUGUGUGGUUCAAAAGAGGUGGUCUUUGAGGUGACAGGGAAGGUCUAG